UGAGCAAUUCGGAAAAUAAUGUCUCCGCUAACGAUCAGCAAAUAGAUAAAGGAUUUGACCAUGCUAAUGGUUGUAGGAUGUUCUGGAUUGAUGCAUAUGAAAAACAGGGGAAUGUGCAUCUUUUUGGAAAAAUCUUUGAUAAAAAUGCCAAUUCGUACGCGAGCUGCUGUCUAACCGUUAAGAAUAUUGAUCGAAACAUUUUCGUUUUGCCAAGGCAGUUUAAACUUGACGAUGAUGAAAACGAAACUAAUAUUCCAGUCACUAUGGAUGACGUUUUCGAAGAGAUUGAGUCUUUGAGGCAUAAAUACAGAAUUUCUAAAAUAGCUGCCAAACCCGUUUCGAGAAAAUAUGGAUUUGAGUUAUCGGACGUACCUGUUCAAUCUGAUUAUUUAAAAGUGGUGUACUCGUUCUCAUACCCGCAAUAUCCUAGCGAUUUGAGUGGAAAAACAUUUAGCCGUAUAUUUGGAGCUCAAUCUUCUGCAAUGGAAUUGUUCUUGAUUAAGCGAAAAAUCAAAG